GCCUCUCCCAGUGACCAAUCGCCUCUCAUCUCCAAAUCUCACCUCAGACUCAGAGGUGUUGUUUGUUUGUUCUAAAAAAGCAAUGUCCAUGGCCAAAUUGCUCUGCAUUGCGCUCAUUGUCUCUUUAACAUGGGUGGUGGAAGCUCGAAUCCCAGGUGUUUACUCUGGCGGCGCGUGGCAAGGUGCUCACGCCACCUUCUACGGAGGCUCCGACGCUUCCGGCACCAUGGGUGGAGCGUGUGGGUACGGGAACCUGUACAGCCAAGGGUACGGCGUGAACACGGCGGCGCUGAGCACGGCGCUUUUCAACAACGGCCUUAGCUGCGGCGCUUGCUUUGAGAUUAAGUGCGCAAACGACAGAGAGUGGUGUCACUCUGGAAGCCCUUCCAUCUUCAUCACCGCCACUAACUUUUGCCCUCCUAACUACGCUCUUCCAAACGACAAUGGCGGCUGGUGCAACCCCCCUCGCCCUCACUUCGACCUCGCCAUGCCCAUGUUCCUUAAAAUCGCCGAAUACCGCGCCGGCAUCGUCCCCGUCGCAUAUCGCCGGGUGCCAUGCAGAAAGCACGGAGGGGUGAGGUUCACGAUCAACGGAUUCCGUUACUUCAACCUGGUGCUCAUUAGCAACGUCGCGGGUGCGGGUGAUAUCGUGCGCACCUACGUGAAGGGCACGCGAACCGGGUGGAUGCCCAUGAGCCGAAACUGGGGGCAAAAUUGGCAAUCGAACGCGGUUUUGGUGGGCCAGGCCUUGUCCUUCCGCGUCACGGGCAGCGACCGCCGCACCUCCACCUCCUGGAACAUUGCUCCGCCCAAUUGGCAAUUCGGUCAAACCUUCACCGGAAAAAAUUUCCGAGUCUGAACCCUAGUCAAACAUGUCAUCAACAUCAAUGACAUACUUAUAUAUUUUUAAUUGUAACCUUUUUUCUUCUUUUUUUUUGGUUCCCGCCAUUUGCUUAUUCCUAGACGCUCUUUUGACUAGUGAGAUAGUGAGUGACAACUUUUUAAUUGUGACUAGAUGUUAAGUUUUACUUUCUCAUUGGGUGGGUGAUGUUGUAUUUCCAUUAUUUUCAAUUUGUAUGGUAGAUCAAAGGGUGUAACAAUGGAAACGCCAAAGGGAGAAAAUCGUGAAAACUGUAGGGAAUGCUGAAGUGGCUUAAUCAAAAUGGUAGCCCGCAGCUAAUUUGUAUUUUUAUAGUCAUCGUGUUAUAUAUAUAUAUAUAUAUAUUAAUGUUACAAUUUGCUCUAUGAAUUUAAGUGUA